CAACUUCUUGAUUCUUUCCUGUAGAACACCUCAAGGGUAGCAAGCUAGACUUAGCAACGGGAAGAUGUUUUCUGCCGUGGUUCGGCUCUCUGCUUCUGGAGUAAGAGCUUUAACACGAGCACAUCCUUGUUACACAGCGCCCGUGGCAUCGCGAUGCUACUCCAGUGCCAAGGCAGAGACAGACGAGGAGUUUGAUGCCCGCUGGGUGACUUACUUCAGCAAACCAGACAUUGAUGCCUGGGAACUCCGCAAAGGUAUGAACACCCUGAUUGGUUAUGACCUGGUCCCUGAGCCCAAGAUUCUGGACUCCGCCCUCAGAGCCUGCAGGCGGCUCAACGACCUGGCCAGCGCAAUCCGUAUUCUGGAGGCUAUUAAGGACAAGUCUGGCCCCCAUAAAGAGAUCUACCCGUACGUCCUCCAGGAGCUGAAGCCAACGCUCACGGAGCUGGGCAUCUCUACGCCCGAGGAGCUGGGCAUUGAUAAGGUGUAGCCGGCCCGGCUCAGCCCAGUGCUUUUCUUUUGGUCUUGUGAAGUUCAUCGAGGUUAAAUACUGUAUUUGAAGACUUUCUCUUCUAUUCUGGGAUGUGAAAUAAUUUUAAUUCCUUCUCUGUCCUGUGUGUAAAGGUUGGUGGACCUAAUAAACAGAGCAAUAUUCACA